GAAGGGAAUAAUAGGUUUCAAAAUCAUAACCGAACGCUUCUACCUCUAGACUUGUAGGGUUUUUUGACUCUUACAUCAAUUUGUUAUUUUGUAUCAUAGCAUAGCAUGCACUGUUUUUGGCGUUGUAGGGUUAGAGAAUAGUUAAACGCUGAUGGAUUACUAUUAUGUCUCUCAACACUCGCAAUUGGAAUCCGAGGCUGAUGCCUACAAUGUUGAUGUCAAUGAUGAGCACGUAAAACCCUCCUUCAAUCGUCGUGAUUCCUUUUCAGGGAAACUCUUCGUUGGAGGAAUUUCUUGGGAGACUUCUCAAGAGUCAUUUUUUAAUUACUUCAGCAAAUAUGGAGAAGUAACUGAUUCAGUGAUAAUGACAAAUAAACUUUCUGGAAGGCCACGGGGGUUUGGCUUUGUAACAUUUGCCAAUUCAGCUGUUGCAGAUGAAGUUUUGGCACAGGAACAUACCAUUGAUCACAGAGUGGUUGAAGUGAAGAGGACAGUCCCAAGGGAGGACGUGGAUGUUACUGGAGUAUUCAAAACAAAGAAGAUAUUUGUUGGGGGAAUAGCCCAGUUUUUCACUGAUGAUGAGUUGAGGGAAUACUUUUCACCUUAUGGCAAUGUUAUUGAGUGCCAAAUCAUGCUAGAUCACAACACUGGGCGAUCUAGAGGCUUUGGAUUUGUCACUUUUGAUGAUGAAGAUUCAGUUGAAAAGGUUUUUUCAGUGGGAAAAAUACAUGAAAUUGGAGGCAAGCAGGUUGAGAUUAAAAGGGCUGAGCCCAAAAGAUCUGGAGUUGAUUACUGCAACACCUCACGAAAGUCAUACGGUGGUUUUGGCAAUGAAAUGGAUGGACAUGGUGGGAAUAGUUCUAGAAAUCGUAAUCAUGGAAAAAGAGGUGGACAGUAUACAGGUUCUGGAAUGAACGGAGCAUAUGGUCAUUUUGAUGGGAGUUUUGGGGGAAGUGCUGCCACUGUUUAUGGUGGCUAUUGUGGAUAUGGCUAUGAAUUUGGAUAUGGUGGGCCAAUGUAUUGCUUUGGUGGUUAUGGACUCAAUUCCUAUGGUAAUCCUGGGGGUUAUGGUAGCGGCAUUACUUCCUAUGGAGAUGUUAAUGCAUAUGGAAGAGCUGGUAGUUUCAAUGGCAGUGGUGGCUAUGACAGCAGCAAAGUGGCUGAGAAGGGUGAUGGUCCUACAACCGGAAGGUACCAUCCUUACUGGAAGUGAUUUGCUAUUGGAAGUCAGCAGUCUUCAGUUCCACCCCUCAGGUUUACUCCAGAUAUCGUUCGUUCGGAUCAAAAGUUGGAAAACGAAAAGUAUAUAUAUAUAUAUAUAUAUAUAUUGUAUCUAAUGGGUUUUGCAAAACUUUCUUGGAAUUUCUUUGAUAAGGACUAGGCUGAUUUCUAGAAGCGUCAUAUAUUGGAAGAUCCCUAGACACUGGUAAAUUAGCUACCAAAAGUCCAAAAUCACACAAAUACACCUAAAUUUCUCGCUGCAACUAUGUUAAUUGUUAAGUGUCAGGUUUAUUUAAAAUCCUUUCGGUGGACAUAUGGGUAUACUAGAGCCAAGACGAGCUGAACAUCACUUGUUCUAACUACUAGGUUUAAAGGGAAUUUGUUUGAUAUGAUCUAAUUUAGGAAUAAACUUAUAUAUUCUGUAUAUAUUUAAAUACUUUUUCGAAUUGUGUUUCUAUACUAUUCUGGUUGAAAUAUUUGCA